AUGGGAUGCAAUGAACCGGGAAAGACGACGGCACGGGUAACAAUGAUGAAGUGGACAAUGUUCGCAGUUCUCGUUCUAGCUUGUAUCCUGAAUGCAUUCGCAUGGGCUGAUGGGGUUGAGGAUGCAAAUAUUGAUCAGCUUAUGUCACGAGUAUACCGAACGGUAUUAUUGAAGUCGAAACGAAGUCCGUCUAUGGGACUAUCGUUAGCCGAAUAUAUGGCGUCACCACAAGGAGGAGACAACUUUCACUUUAUUCCUUCCGGAAGAAAGUAG